AUGUCCGUCAGGAUGUUUAUUAAAGAUCACUAUGUUAUACUAUGGCCUCCUUGGCUACGAUGGCGGUUGCGAUCUGUCAUAACUAGUUUCCUCGCUCUUGCUUUUGUCUGGAUCAUUACCUUUUCCGCUCGCUACCGAUCCUCUGUCACAGACGGGCCCGAUUCGGAAGCCCUGCAGGAUGCGUUUCAGGUGGAGUUUGGGACAGCACACGAUGUCAGAAAUGAGAUGUAUUUCACCGGUGGAACGCUUUCUUUGACAUCAAACGAUGGCCAGACUACUGAUCCCCUGACACAUCCACAACCAAUCGUGUACGAUCCUUACCCGGCCUACAACAGUCAAGACUGGAAUCGGACAUGGAGAGACUUUCCCGCGCCGACGUUUGGCUCAUACGACGCCAUGGAUUUGGAUGAUCGCGUCUGCGCAGAUCGAUUCGCCAGAUACGGCGCCUACGGUUAUGGUGAGAACGAAACUGAUGAAGUUCCAGGGUUUAAAAAGCCCUCCCGAGUCGCAUGGGACACGUUGCAGUGGGGGAAUCUUCAACAGCAGUGUCUGGAGAGAAAUUGGGACCGAUAUAGUAAUGAGUCACUCGAAACAAAAUACUCAAAUGUAUAUCCCUCUGCAAUCCCCCAGGCGCGACCACCGCGGCCACCACAGAAAAGAGCAGAAGCUGGCUCUGUUCCUAGGCUUUUCCCCCGGUCGGCCGUGCUCGUUCGCAUCUGGCAUGACAUGAACUGGACCGAGAAUGAUAAGCACUACCUCCGCUCAUUGAUCAUGGAAUUGUCACUCGGCUCUGGUGCCGAAUAUGAGGUCUUCCUCAUGGUGCACGUCAAAGACCUGUCGCUGCCAAUCUUUUCGGACUCAUCAACGGUCGAGCAGAUCAAAGCAACAUUUAUUCCCGCAGAAUUUCGGGAUAUUGUGAUUUUCUUUAACAACAAGCUUCUAGAGGCCUGGUAUCCGAAUAUCGAGGAGCACGAACCAGUAUACCAACACUUUCAACCAGUGCAAUACUUCUCCCAAAUGUAUCCUGAGUUUGACUAUGUCUGGCAACUCGAAAUGGACUCGCGAAACACCGGCCAUGUGUAUCAUUUUUUUGAUAAGGCAGUUGAAUUUGCUAAAAGGCAGCCGCGCAAAUAUUUGUGGGAGCGCAACGCAUAUUUUUACACUCCAGAGGCUCAUGGUACCUGGGAAGAAUUUACGAACAUGGUUGGCAACACCAUGGCUGGUCGCCAGAGUGUCUGGGGCCCCUUGCCGGCAGACGAGGUGGAACCGGUUGGGCCCAGGCCCCCCGUGGAAACCCCAGAUUUGGACGACUAUGAAUGGGGCGUGGGCGAGGAAGCAGAGUUUAUCACUUUCUUGCCAAUCUUCGACCCCAAAGGGACAUUGUGGACGUUUCCUGACAAAAUCUGGAAUUUUCAGCAGGGUUUAGACACACCGCGCCGUGCCGCCGUCAUUACCAUGUCCCGUUCUUCCAGAAGACUGUUGACCCUCAUGCAUGAGGCACAGUCAAGGCGUGGUCUGGGCCUGGUCUCAGAGAUGACAGCAGCAUCAUGGUGUUUGCACCAUGGUCUGAAGGCUGUACAUGUCCCACACCCCAUCUAUCUGGAUGGGAAAUGGACAGGCCGAGAGCUUGUGGACCGUUUCAACCCUGGUGAGCCCGAAAAAAUAAAUGGGGGUAACGACAGUAUCUGGAACUGGAAUCACCUUCUUGACCAUAUCAUAUACCGCUCCAGUUACAUGUUCACAACCUACACGGCAGAAGACCUCUUUCGAAGAUGGUUAGGAUUCAAGUCUGACGAUGGGGGAGGCGGGAAGGCGGUAAUCGCUCACACCUAA